AUGCGUAGAGUUUUUAUUUUAACCAAUUUUGGACGUAAAAAAAGAUAUACAUUUGAAAACUGUGAAACAAAUCUAUUUAUACUUUUUAAUAAGAGAAGAAAUGUAGGGACAACACAUGCUGCUAUAAAAAGCACAAAUGGUGAUAAGGCAAAAAAUGCAGAGUUUAAAACAAAAGAAGGUGACACCAUUUUACACAGAUUCUCCUCCCCCUCUGCUUGUCCUACGUUAAAUGAUUACUACCAAUACAACACAAAUGAUCUUAUAAAAGUUUUAAAUGUGUACAUAAAGUAUAAAAAUGAUAAUGUUGAAUUGUUAAGAAAUAUUUCUAUAAAUUUGCUAAUGAACAAGGAAAAACUGAGAUACAAGGACAUAGUUAUUUUGUUAAAACAAUUUUCCAUUAUAAAAUGCAAAAAUUAUUUUUUAUUUUGUUACUUUAAAGAUGUACUAAGUGAAAAUAUUCAUAUACUAGGUUGUGAUGCUUUAGUGGAUGUAUAUUUUGCAUUUACUAAUUUAAAUUAUUUUCAUUAUAAUUUUUUUUUUUUAAUUGAGAAAAGAAUAUUUCACAAUUUUCACCUUUUAAAUUUGAAAAAAUUAGUUUGUUUAAUACAAUGUUUUAAUAAAAAAAAGAUUAUAACGAAAAAUUAUUUAACGAUAUUACUGUAUAGUAUAUCAAAAAAUAUAAAUCAGUUUAACACAUUUCAGCUUUCAGUUCUUUUUGCUUUUUUCAAAAAUUUUAACAUAAAUAAUAAUAUCCUUAUAAAUUCUUUAAUCCAUAAUUUUAAUGAGCAUGUUAACGUGCAUGAUGAUUCCAAAAAUGUAGCCAUUUUUUAUAAUUUCUUGUCUUAUGUUAGUAAGAAAUGUCAUAAGAAUUAUCACUAUUUUGUAAAAGAAAAAGAGCUAAUAGGGUUGAUAAAGAAUUUUAACUUUGACUAUGAUGAGGAGUGGGAAGUGGGGAUAGACCAGAAAGAGGAGGAGGAUGAUGAAAAUGUUAAUCGGCAAAUUGUUGAAACAGAGCAAAAGUAUAAACCACCUCUGGGUGGAGAAACAUGUAUGGAGACUAAUAAUUCAGGAGAAAUACUAAAAGUAAAAUUGUCUAAUUUGGAAAAUAAUUUUCUCUACAAAAGUAAGGAAUUGGAAACAUUGAGAGAAAAAACUAAUGCCCUAAAACAGAAUUCAUACAAUGUCAGUUUGGUGUAUUCUAUUAAGAAUGCUUUAAAAAGUGUUGAAGAAGUAACAAAGAAGAAAUUGAAGAACAUGCCAAUUGAGUCCUUAUGCUUAAUAUCUUCUUCCAUAGUAAAUAUUGAUAAAAAUAAAUUUCUUUUAGAGAAGAUAGCAGAAGAAGUUGGUAAGCAAUCGACUAAAUUGACACCCUCGCUAGUGAGUUGUUUGCUUUUGUCUUUUAGCAAAGCGAAUCACAAACAUGGGAGUUUAAUUUAUUAUUCGUUGCAAUUUUUUUAUAAAUAUUAUAACUUUUUUAGUGUUAAUGAGGUAGGUUUGUUGUGUAAAGCUCUGAACAAUUUUUCCCUUAAAGAAAACGAAUUUGUGGACGUGUUAAAUGUGUUUAUUCUGAGUAACUUGACGGAGGGCAUCGGUGAGGCAGCUGUAGUUAGUAGAAACGAUGCUGGCGAAGAGGCAGCUGAGGUGAGUAGAAAUGACGAUUACAGCAGUAAGCAGACAGAUAUGGGGUAUUACCUGAAUUAUAAUGCAGAAGAGGGUCCUGCAGGGGGAAGAGAUAUGGAGAAGCUGUUUUUGGAAAUAGAGAGGAGUAUCGAUAAAAGCAUUGAGCGGAGAAAUUAUGAAGAUGAGUUUAUAAAUUUAAGAAAUGCACAUAUGGAAGAUGAGAAGGGGAAGAAGGAGAGUAAAAGAAAGGGCGAGGGAUAUGAAAAUAAAAUGAAGUAUAAAAAUUUCGUAAAUUUGAGUUUUAUUGAUUAUGAAAAUAUAAAAAAGAAUAAUUAUUAUGUAAAUAAUUUAUACAAUAUAAAAAUGAGUAAUUCUAUGUAUAUAAAUAAUAUUAUAUAUAUCUUAGAGUACUAUGCUUUUAACCUAGUGAACAUUACAGAAAUUUUGAACCUUUUUUGUGACAUUUUUUUAAAAAGAAAUAUAAAUUAUAUUCUCUAUUCCAGAAUAUUUUACGCAUUUCACAUGUUGCAAUACAGAGAAAAUAAGAUCUACGAGUUGAUUAACAAAUUUAACAACUCUCAACCAGUGUGUCAAGUUAUGUAUAAGGAGAGGCAUAUGAUGAAACUUUUGGAAUCUUUAAUUUAUUUUUAUGAAAGUAAAAGUGAGGAUACUAAAAUGGAGGAUAUUUACUUUUAUGUUUUGUCCAAGAGUUAUUUUUCAUUUAUUUUCAAUUUUUCAAAAUAUAUUUUAACAUUUUUAUUUGUUAAAAAUAACAAUUAUGUACUACACAAAUUUUUGGUUGAUAUAAGGGAUAUAUCUUUAGGUAGGGGGGACUAUAUUUAUCUGCACAAACCGAAAAGGUUGUAUUGA